CUCGUCCUCCUCGCGCGUGCGCUCCAUGGGAUCCCAGCUCUUCACUCUAUACACGGUUUCUCCGCUUCGGCGACCCCAGUCCCGCGGGACCCCGCCCGUGCUGGCGCCCACCUCCUCUUGGUAUUCGAGUCCACGCGAGUCGGUGUAGUCGUGUGGGUGGAAAGGCUGCAGCAGAAACUGUGGGGACAGCCAGUUCCACUGGCUCUUCCAGCACCGGAGGAUCAACAGAUCCGGUUUCCGCAGUCUCCAUUUAAGUUGCGUUGAGGUUGAGCCCGGUUCCCCCAAAGACAGGAUUUAAGUCCCAGUAGGAGACUUCACACCCCGUGUUGCCUGCACAGUAGUGAUCAGAAGGUAAACUUUGGGAUGUGCACACGAUGGACAGCAAGGAUGUAGAAGCUGAAAUCCACCCCUUGAAGAAUGAAGAUGGGAAAUUGCAGGAAAAUCUGGGAAACCGAUUGAAAAAGGAAGAUAACUUGAAAAGCGCGCCCCUGCAGUCCCGCCUCUCCAGAUGCCGGACGGUGGCAUUUUUCCUCUCGCUGUUUAUCUGCCUUUUGGUGGUGUUUGUGAUUUCUUUCAUCAUCCCGUGUCCAGACAGGCCAGUGUCACAGGGGAUGUGGAGGAUCAAUUACAACACAGCAGUCACCUACGACUUUCUGGCCACAGAAGACAUAAACAGGGACAGGAUCCAAGAUGUUCUCUUUCUUUAUAAAACUACCGAUGGCAGCAACAAUUUCAACCAGUCCUGCGCUGAUGAAGGCUUUUCCUCGCCCUGCUCCUUUAUGGCCGCUGCAUCAGGUGCCAAUGGCAGCAUCCUCUGGGAAAGGCCCGUAGCCCAGGAUGGGGCCCUCGUGUUGUGUGGUGUCCCCCAGCCAAGGGACAGCGGGGCCUCUUCUGCCUGCAUCCUCGUGGGCAGACCCGGGUCUCUCAUCGCAGUCGACUUAUUUACAGGGAGCACUCUGUGGAACCAUUCCACCAGCUUCAGAAGGAAUGCUUCCAUCCUGAGCCCUUUACUCCAGGUGCCUGACCUCGAUGCUGAUGGGACCCCAGAUCUGCUGGUUCUCACCCAGGAGGACAAGGAGGUAAACAGCUACAUCUAUUCAGGCAAAACCGGGCACCAGAUUGGCCACCGAGGCAGCCUCGGUGUUGAUGGGACCAGUGGCUUCCUCCUUUAUGUCACCAGAGCGGGUGCCCACUACAUCCUUCUCCCCUGCGCAAGUUCCCUCUGUGGCCGCUCUGUGAAGGGUAUCUACGAAAAAGUGACCGGGAGAGACAGCCCACUAAGGAAAGACCCCAGCUGGGAGGAUGUGCUCAGCACCGCCGCCCAGAGGCUGCUUUCCCACAGCUCGGGAGCCAUCCGCUAUCUGGUGAACGUCCCCGAGAAAGGCGGCGAGGACCUCCUCCUCGUGAGCUCGGAGUCCUGUGUGCUGUUGGACGGGCAGGAGCUGGCACCCAAGUGGACCUUCAGCGCACCCCAAGUCCUCAGAAAACCCAUCCUUGGUCACUACAAACCUGACACCUUGGCAGUGGUCAUUGAAAAUGGAACCAGCAUUGACAGACAGAUCCUGCUCCUGGACCUCAGCACCGGGGUGGUCCUUUGGGAUCAGGCCCUUCCAGCCCUCCCUGGGUACCCUCAGUCUGCCAGCUUGCCAACUGCAGACCACCGCUCAGCCUUCUUCUUCUGGGGCCUCCACGAACUGGCCGGUGCCAACCAGACGGAGCCCAGAGACACUCAGCACAGCCUGUACAUGUUCCACCCCACUCUGCCCGGCGUCCUGCUGGAGCUGGCCAACGUCUCUGCCAACAUCAUUGCCUUCCAAGUGGCCCUAUUUGAGCCCAGCCGCCACGCUGCCUGCAUCCUCCUUACGGGCCCAGCCAGCCCAGAUGCACCCGGCCUGGUCUCCUUGGCCAAGCACAAGGUGCAGGACCUUGUCCUGAGCAGCAGAGUGGUUCACCUGACCGAGGGUGGUUCCGACAGCGACCAGGCCAUCAGGGACCGGCUCUCCCACCUGCGGUACCAGAGUGAGGCCUAGAUGCACAGCGGCCAGAGCACACAAGAGAGGUCCAGCUGCUGAAAUUAAACAUCCUCGGAAGUUGGCCCUUCAUUCAUUUACUCUCUACACUGACUCCCCACUCCUGAGCCUCGCGACGCUCUCCACAGGGUCUCCCCAGUACCCAGGGACAUGGUGGGUGAUGAGGGGACACCCAGGCUUCUCUCCUGCCCAGCAUACCUGGUCCUUACACAGGUCCUCAUUCUGUGCCCCACUGGGGUCACGUGCGCAAGGCCCUUCACAGUGGUCUCCCUGUGGGAGGAGCCCAGACCCAUCCUGCAGAAGUCCCCUCCCCAUUCCCCAUCUGAGCUCGCUCUUUGCACGGUCUUCCUGGGGUCAUGGAGCUCAGAGGGUGGUGGGCCCUGAGGGCCUCAGGGCAGCAGCGGGGACCUGAGGCAGUACCAGCCCCAGCCCUUCCCAGAGCAAGGAGGGAAGGCUAGCAUGGUUGGUGGUGACUUGCCCUGGGGAGCCUCUUUGACCCAGCCCAUGAAGAAGGGCUUGUAGGACAUGACAGGCAGCACUGCCCAUGGACACCCUAGUGCUGGCUGCUUGUGCUGUGAAUUUCCCAAGGAACAGGCCAUAGGACGCACACUGGGGUCAUUUUGCACCCUCUGGAUACACACUGGAGCCGCUUGUCCCUCUGGAGUCCUGCACCCCUAGGCAUAGCCAGCUCCCCUCCUUCCUGGUGCUCAGACGUCCCCAGCAUCGGUGUCACCUGAUGCGGGACUCACCUCUGUGCCUUGUCGCACCCAGGGCUGCUGCGGUACACUGCACUCAGCUAGCCCAGGAGAAAAGGCAGCCUAAGCCUGGCGACUCAGUGCCACAGGAAGAA